UAUAGCACGCGAUACGAUUAAGCAGAGCAGUUGUGUGCACACAGGUCGAUCCUUGUAUGAUGCUGCGAAAGUUGGGCAGCCAGAUGAAUGCAAAGGCAGCAACGGUUCUCCUCAUUGUCUUCGUUCUAUGCCAGGCGUUAUCCGCAGAAUGUCGUGAGGUGCGGAGAUCAGGCGAAGGCGGCCGUCUUCCGGUUGUUGCCGAGAUCGGAGACGGCGCCGACAAGAGCAGCCUCAACUUGUGUAAGCCCAGCUUCUGCGGAGGUGGCUAUCGAGGCAAUAACUGCUGGUGCUGUGACUUCAGUGGGACUUGCUUUGGGUCGGUGCACCAUUGCCACGCGAAAUGCCGUCCAUAGACGCCCUGCCAGUUCUUCAGCACAGACUAUACAGAGGGAUGUGUGUUGACUUAGCUAGAUGAGGCCAAAAUAAUAAUACCGCAUUAGUAUUUUGAAAAAGACAGCCGGACUAGAAGCCGGACAGCACGAUUCUGAUGCAUUUCCGGCCGUUGAUUGAUGAGAGAGUUUCUGUAAGAGGACUGAUAAUAUUUCUGUGUGAAAGGAGAUCGAUUGAUUGAAA